GCUGUUUUAACGUGCGGCCGCGUUUCCCGCUCCUUCUGAAGUCAAACGUCAAACGUGACGCUGUGUUUGUGGACUGUUUUUAUGUUUCCUAUCAGUGUUAUUUAAAGUGAUUACUGGAUAUUAAUAAAGAUGGAAGCCAAAGUAAAAGAAGAGGUACCAGAUAAGGACUACCAGCCUACUACCACUGAGAGGCGAAAAUCUACAGCGUCCGGCAAGGAUCGAUCUCCAGACCAGGAGGAGAUCAGAUCAUCUCCCACUCCCGGCCCUCCUAGUCCACAGGUCAACGGCACAACUGCUGCGCUCUCAUCCACCGAGUCCCUUUCACCACCACUCCCUGAAGGAUCAAAAUCUGCCCCAGCCUUGCAACGCCUCCGCAAGUUUCUAUCUGCCCUACACCAAUUUGCAAAUGACGUCAGCGCCGAUACCGGAGAGAGAGUGCGGCAGUUGAUAUUUAAUCUCGUCGCUGGAGUGAUGAACAUAGAAGAGUUCCAAGCAGGUGUCCAAGAGUGCACCAAUUAUCCUCUCCGAGCUUCUGUACCCGGUUUUCUAAGGGCUUUAUUGCCAUUAGCGCAGAGAGAUUUACACGCGAAAGCUAGAAGAAUGAAGCAGACACCACUGCAAUACAUAAGAUCACAUGAGCAUCUAAUCUUGGAGGCGGCUGGUGAAGGGGAUAUCUUCGCGCAACAGGGCUCCGCUGAACCGGGGGCGAAGCGGCGCGCUAGUGACCCGUUUUACGACGCCCAAACCAACGGUUCUCAUGAAGAAUAUCCCCCACACGCAAAGCGGCCUAGCCUUUUCAACCCCUCACCGUUCUACCACCUACCAAGUAAUGCUAGCCUCUUCGACUACCCUUACCAUGGUUAUCAUGCGCAAGAGCAGCCUUUUGAGAGAAGAGAUGGUGGUAUAUCAGUCCGUGAUGUAUCAACAAUGAACGCAUCAUUCACGGAGCCACGACCAGCAGGCUUAGCGAAGAACGAUGACGAAUGGAAGAACAUCAAUACGAUGCUCAACUGCAUCCUUAGUAUGGUGGAGAAGACUAAGCGGGCAUUGGCUAUCCUCCAGCAGAGAGGGACAGGUGUUGAACCAGCUGAAAAUACUGAUAUAAAGCGAGCUGCAAGCGAAAUAAUGGCCGCUGCAGUUCGACAGACAGAAGAGCGAGUCGCAGAGGUCAGGAGACGUGCUGAAGAUGCUGUUAAUCAGGUAAAACGGCAAGCCCUGCUUGAGUUACAGCGGGCGGUGGGCGCAGCCGAAUCUAAGGCCUUGGAGCUGGUGGCUGCAGAACGUAAGGAGAGGAGACAUUCACCACCUCCUGGAAGAGAUCUCAGUCCCAGCUCAGCUGGACAGCAGUGCUGUUGGAACUGCGGUCGCAAAGCGCAAGAGACAUGUUCCGGGUGCAAUGCGGCCCGGUACUGUGGGGCGUUCUGCCAGCACAAGGACUGGGAGAACCAUCACCAGGUUUGCAGCGGACGUGACCAAAAACCUGCCGCAAUGCUCCGUUCAUCCCCUCCUAUACCCACUACGUUGACCAAAACUCUCCCACGAUCAACCACACCCAUCUCCCAACCUGCAACCACGCCCAUUGACAAUCGUCUCUCCAUAACCACCCUCAACCCUGACAGAUUACUCAACCAAAACACUUUGACAGCUGCCAAUGACAGAAUAGCGCUGUCAAAUCUCUCGACGCAAGGCCUCAUCGGUGGAAUUGGCGGGAAAAAAUGACGCACCAGAGAAUAUUUCGGAAACGUCAGAUUUCCUAGAAAAAUUCGGAGAUAAUUUCCCAAAGUACAAUGUGUACAUAGAUAUUAAAUAAAGUAACAAUUAAAUAAACAUUUUAUUAAUCUACCAUUCGUAAUUACUAUGCUAGAUUUUUAAAUAAUGCGUUUGAAAUUAUAAAAAUCUACGACUCGUAGCAAUAACGUAUAGUAAUAUAGAAACCCAGAGUUAGCUUUUUCUUACCCAAUAGGAACAGACCUAUAACUUUCUAGAAUGGCUAUUAGACCAUUUUGCAAGUCCGAAUCUCUCAAAUGAUGUU